AUGCCGCCCAAGGGAGCCCGCCAGCCGCAGCUCCGUGCGUGCCUCGUGUGCUCGAUUCUGCAGUCGCAGAAGGACUUUGUCGACUACGGAUGCCCGAACUGCGAGGAGGUCAUGGACAUGCGCGGGAGCGCCGAACGUGUUGUCGAGUGCACGUCGACGAUCUACGACGGCAUGAUCGCCAUGAUGGAGCCGGAGGAGAGCUGGGUCGCGAGGUGGCAGCGUAUUGACAAGAAGAAGCGAGGGCUGUACGCCGUCCGUGUCACUGGCCGGCCGCCGCAGGACGUUAUCGACGCGAUCGAGUCGCGGGGCGGUGUCUACCGUCCCCGCGAUGCCGUCGAGGAGCUCUAG